UGGCGGGGGCCAUCUCCUCGCCCGACGACCAUGCAGUCACAUAAAAACAUGGACAAUAUCCAAUGAGAGGCUAGAACCAAAAGAAAAAGAAAAAAGGGGGGUCUGUCCAUGUCUGUCGAGGAGGCUGGCACAUUGUUGUCCACCUUGUAGAGAAGACGUGAGGAGCUGGUCUCAGGCCAAGCCCGAAGGGGACACGAGGAUUGCGACCAUGAUGGCCUUACCAACCGUCAGCGUGCAGCCCCCUCACACCAGAGAAGACCCUAAACCGCCUGUGCGCCGCCUCCCCCAGCGCAUCCCCGCGUCGACGUCAAUGCCGGGGCACGGACGGUGUGAUGCGGCCUGUCCGCCAGCGAUGGUCACCAACCACCAAGGCUUGAGCAAGACCGUCUGAUAUUCGGCGACCGAGAAAACGGGUGGCUCAGUCAGAGCUGACGUAUUUUGCCAUUUUUUUAACUUCCAUUUUCUGUAUCGAUCGUCAGCGCAGACAGCCGGUCAGCCAGGAGGGGCGUCGGGCGACCCCAAUAUUUGGUCCGGAGCACACUUAUACUACCAAAUCCCUCGUCUGCCGGACCCUACCAACCCAAGGGUCUUUUCUUCUGCGAACAUGAAAUAAAUGGAAAAGAAACACCGUAAACAUUAAUUUCACACUUGAUUUCUUCUACUGUUUGCCAGUCCAAGGUUUACUCCACCCUUUUCCCUGCGGACAGCUCAACCAAAGAUGACAUCCAGAACAAAAAUACUACAGGCCACGGCCUGGCUAUCCCUUUCUGCGCCAGCAAUAGCAGCACCACAAUGGUGGAACAACCCUAACAACGGCGGAAACGGGGGUUUCGGAAAUGGGGGCUUUGGCGGCGGAAACGGCAAUGGCAACGGGAACGGGAACGGCGCCGGGUUCGGCAACCCCAACGCCGGGUUCGGGACGGAUGGCAACGGGUUCCCCAAUGGGUUCGACAACGGCAACUUUCUCGGGUUCGACCUCAGCCGGACCAUGUACUACCGCUCCGUGCACGGCAUCCUGGCCGCGCUGGCCUUCGUCCUCCUCUUCCCCCUCGGCUCCAUACUCAUGCGCAUCGUCCCCGGUCGCCUGGCCCUGUUCGUCCACGCGGGCACGCAGGUGAUCGCCCUCAUCAUAUACGUGGCCGCCGCGGCCUUGGGCAUCCACCUGGUUCAGACGGUGCGGUUGCCGUUUGGGAACGGCACUCUGCUUAACGAGCCCUCGGUCAACUUCCACCCCAUCAUCGGCCUCGUCGUGCUCGUCAUGGUGGUGGCGCAGCCGGUACUGGGCUACCUGCACCACGCGGCCUACAAGCGACUCGGGCGGCGGCAGGCGUGGUCGCACCUGCACCUGUGGAACGGCCGCGUCGCCAUCACGCUGGGCAUCGUCAACGGCGGGCUGGGGCUCAUGAUCUCGCGCGCGCCCGCGCGCCUGACCACGGCCUACACCGUCGUCUCGGCCGUCAUGUGGGUGCUCUGGUUCUGCGCCGCCGUGCUCGGCGAGUGCCGCCGCGCCAUGGCCGCCCGAAAGGAGAGCAGACAGCGCCGCAGGGAGGCCCGCCGCCGCGAGAGGGCCCACAAGACGUCGGUGCGGUCGGCUUCUAGCUGAUGGGGGGUUUGGCUCGCGCGCAUCGCCUGUGUGUGUGUGCGUGUGGUGGGUAAGGGCUCGGGCGCGAGAUGGGGCGCGGGAUAGUUUGGUGCUCUUGGUUGAAUGGGAUAGCCGAGUGUUGCGCAUGGUCCUUUGCAGGACACGGCUGUUGGCCAUGCGGCGUCUGGAGUUUUUGGUUAUAGCAUGACCUGACUAUCGACAGCCCUGCUGAUGUCGCAAGGGUGACGCGGGGGUAAUAAGAUUGUGCUUCUACUGA